AAUUAAAUUCUUCAUUUUAUUUUAUGAUUAUCGAUCUUUUACAAGGUGGUGAGCCAGGAGCAGCUUGCUGCAGUGGGGUGAAAAACUUGAAAGGAAUGGCCGCAACCACAGAUGAUAGAAGGACAGCUUGUAACUGUGUUAAGGCAGCAGCCAACCGUUACACAAACCUUAAAGAUGAUGCUGUUCAGGCUCUUGCUUCUAAGUGUGGUGUCGCCAUGGACGUUCCCGUCUCCAAGACUAUCAAUUGCGAUUCAAUCAGUUAUUAAUGAGCAACACGGUGUCAGGAAUAAUGCCAAGGAGAUGGCCAUGAUAUGUUGCUUCUAUUAGAUAUGUUGAGUAUUAGUUUUCUUGAGGGAACGUUUAUGUAAUAAACCUGAGGUCGUGAGACUCCCUCUUUGUUGUACGAUUACUAUGCAGUAAUAUACUACCAUAGUGCUCCCUUUUUGUUAAUUA